AUGGACUGGCAGGCGGCGGCGGCGGCGGCGAGCAGCGAGGGCGCCGGGGGGCCGGGGCCGGGGCCGGCUGGGGGCUGGAGACCCCCUCGGGUCGCGGGGGCCCCGCCCACCGGCUCCAGGCAGGCCAGCGUGGAGACCCUGGACAGUCCCACAGGAUCACAUGUUGAAUGGUGUAAACAGCUUAUUGCUGCUACAAUUUCUAGUCAGAUUUCAGGUUCAGUGACAACAGAAAAUGUAUCCAGAGAUUAUAAGGUUUUCAGGAGGCCUGAUAUAAGGGCUCUAAGGGAUGGGAAUAAGCUGGCACAGAUGGAAGAAGCACCGCUUUUUCCAGGAGAAUCCAUCAAGGCCAUUGUGAAAGAUGUCAUGUAUAUCUGCCCAUUUAUGGGAGCUGUGAGUGGAACGCUGACUGUGACGGACUUUAAGAUGUACUUCAAAAAUGUAGAGAGGGAUCCACAUUUUAUCCUGGACGUUCCCCUGGGAGUGAUCAGCAGAGUUGAGAAGAUUGGAGCACAGAGCCAUGGGGACAAUUCUUGUGGUAUAGAGAUAGUGUGCAAGGAUAUGAGAAACUUGCGACUUGCUUAUAAACAAGAAGAACAGAGUAAACUAGGAAUAUUUGAAAACCUCAGUAAACAUGCAUUUCCUCUUUCCAACGGGCAGACACUCUUUGCAUUUAACUAUAAAGAAAAAUUUCCAGUUAAUGGAUGGAAAGUUUAUGAUCCAGUGGCUGAAUAUAAAAGACAGGGCUUGCCAAAUGAGAGUUGGAAAAUAGCCAAAGUAAACAGUAAUUAUGAGCUCUGUGACACUUACCCUGCCAUCAUUGUUGUGCCAACUAAUGUAAAAGAUGAUGACCUUGCAAAAGUAGCAGCCUUUCGAGCAAAAGGCAGAGUCCCUGUGUUGUCAUGGAUUCAUCCAGAAAGUCAGGCAACAAUCACUCGGUGCAGCCAGCCACUUGUGGGUCCCAGUGAUAAACGCUGCAAAGAAGAUGAAAAAUACUUGCAGACAAUAAUGGAUGCUAAUGCACAAUCUCACAAACUUAUCAUCUUUGAUGCCCGGCAAAUCAGUGUCGCCGAUACCAACAAGGCAAAGGGUGGAGGAUAUGAAAGUGAAAGUGCUUACCCAAAUGCAGAACUUGUCUUCUUGGAGAUCCACAAUAUUCAUGUGAUGAGAGAGUCACUACGUAAAUUAAAAGAGAUUGUGUACCCUUCCAUUGAUGAGACUCGGUGGCUAUCCAAUGUGGAUGGCACACAUUGGCUGGAGUAUAUCAGGAUGCUUCUUGCCGGGGCAGUGAGAAUUGCUGAUAAAAUAGAAUCUGGGAAAACCUCUGUGGUGGUGCGUUGCAGUGAUGGUUGGGACAGAACAGCCCAGCUGACAUCUCUGGCUAUGCUGAUGCUGGACAGUUAUUACCGUACCAUUAAAGGAUUUGAGAUUCUCAUAGAAAAGGAGUGGAUAAGUUUUGGACAUAAAUUUGCACUGAGAGUGGGCCAUGGCAAUGACAACCAUGCAGACGCUGACCGGUCUCCAAUAUUUCUUCAGUUUAUUGAUUGUGUUUGGCAAAUGACAAGACAGUUUCCUUCAGCGUUUGAAUUUAAUGAGCUAUUCUUGAUUACAAUCUUGGAUCACCUUUAUAGCUGUCUCUUUGGGACUUUCUUGUGCAAUAGUGAACAGCAGCGGCUCAAAGAGGAUAUACAUACGAAGACUAUAUCCUUAUGGUCUUAUAUCAAUAGUCAGCUCGAUGAAUUUUCUAACCCCUUCUUUGUGAAUUAUGAAAACCACGUCUUAUAUCCUGUUGCUAGUAUGAGUCAUUUGGAAUUAUGGGUAAACUAUUACGUGCGAUGGAAUCCACGAAUGAGGCCUCAGAUGCCAAUUCACCAAAAUCUCAAGGAGCUGCUGGCUGUGAGGGCGGAGCUGCAGAAGAGGGUGGAGGACCUGCAGCGGGAGGUGGCCACUCGAGCCUCAUCCCCAUCUGAGCGGGGUUCCUCGCCUUCCCACUCAGUCACACCCGUGCACACCUCAGUCUGA